CAUCUUUCUGAAUUUGAACCAUCCACAAUCUCAAAAAUCAAUAAACGAAUCAUUCCUCAUUCAUACAUGCAUCAAUUAUAACUGGAAACUUGUGAUGAUCAAUCCGCAAAUACAAAAUGCUCACAUGCAUCAAGGAAGACAACAUGACUAAACAGAUUUUUCAUAUGCAUCAUAAUCAUAAUAUAUCAAAUUAAUCAACAUACAUAAAAAAACUAUAAACCCUAUAAAAAAUUUAAAAUAACAGCAAAAUUCAUGCAGAUUUCAUAUAUGCAUGAGAAACAGAAAGCUUAUUUCACCUGAUUGAAUAAACUUGUAAGAUGAGCCCUUUUUUGUUUAUCCUUUCUUAACAUAGAGAGAAUUAAAAAAAAUAUGACGAACUUUACAAAAGUAUUGAUUCUUCGACAGUUGGACUAUUCUAAUUUAUCUAGAUAGUAAUGUUGGGCAAGAAUAUGUAAAUGGUUAAGUAUAAGUUUCUUCACAAAUCAUUAUUUAAAAAACCCUAUCGCUAAGCAUAAUAUGGUACAUAUGCUUAAAAUUAAUAGAGUUACGGCGGUAAAAUUAAUUACCAGAUUUAACUGAAAUUUGAAGAUGCAUAACAUAAGUACUUAAUAGUUUUCAAAACAAAAGUGGUGAUAAUGAGGAAAAUCUAGAGUGGACAUUAACUACCACAAACGUCUCAACUGGCGGCGAAGAUGGCCGUAGCUUUGGCUUCGCCGCCACUUCCUCCACCACCAUCACAACUACAAUUAUCAGUAGCGUCAAAGCGCAGCUGCCGCUACCGUUGCACUUCACCACUCUCUCAGACCGACUCCUCCUCCUCCUGCCGUCCUGCUGUCAUUCUCCCUGGAUUGGGGAAUAAUACCACUGACUAUCAGAAAUUAGCCCUAAUUUUGAAAGAUUAUGGGGUGCCAACAGUCACUGCCAAGGUUUCCAGAAUUGAUUGGCUCAGAAAUGCUGCUGGCUUGCUUGAUUCAAAUUAUUGGCGUGGCACCCUCCGCCCUCGCCCGGUUCUAGAUUGGUAUCUUCAAAGGGUUGAAGAAGCUGUUUAUGAGGCAAAGGAAUUGGCUCAAGGUUCUACAGUAUCUUUGAUUGGGCACUCAGCAGGAGGAUGGCUGGCCCGUGUUUAUUUGCAAGAAUAUGGCACAUCGGAUAUUUCCCUACUGUUGACAUUAGGAACCCCACACCUUGCACUGCCUAAGGGCAUUUCAGGAGUCAUAGAUCAAACUAGAGGCCUCCUGGAUUAUGUUGACAAGCAUUGUGCUAAAGCUGUAUACACCCCGGAACUAAGAUAUGUCUGCAUUGCCGGGAGAUACAUACAAGGUGUCCGUCUUCUUGGAUCGAGUAGUGAUGAAAAUCCAGAACUGAUGGUAGAAACAGAGCAACCAGUUGGUGAAAUGAGUGUUGUUAAGACAUCAGCACCAGCAUCUGCCACUUUGCAAGCUCGAUUUGUUGGUCAAGGAUAUAAGCAGGUUUGUGGGCAAGCGGAUGUAUGGGGUGAUGGAGUAGUACCAGAGGUGUCCGCACACCUCAAAGGUGCACUCAAUAUCAGCCUAGAUGGAGUCUACCAUUCACCCGUUGGUUCCGAGGAUGAAACAAGACCUUGGUACGGCUCCCCAGCUGUUGUUCAGCAAUGGAUACAUCACCUUCUCAACUGAUACUGCAUUUUGGCAGUAAAUAACUUGAGACUUUGUACAUAUCAGAAUAUACUUGAAGUUGAAUCCAUAUAUUACUGUCCUAGAUUUAUUUCAGUUCAAGUUAUGGUAUUCAAUCAUUCUUUUC